CUUCUAUAAAAUUAAAAAAAAAAACUAUAAAUGGUCGGUACUCGUCAACUCGACACGGAUCUUCUCUUUUCUCUGUGUCUACAAUGGCGGAAGAAGCAGCAGAACCUGCUCCACAUCCUCCUCCUACUUUCAUAGAGGUUAAAUGCAGAAGUUCGGGGAAGACAAGGCGGUUUGCGGUUGGAACAGACGCUGGAUUUGCUUUGUCACUAAUAAAUCGGACAUUAAUGGGUGCAGCCACAGCCACAGCCACACCCCCACCCCUUGCUCUGCAUAUAGAAGCCUUUAAAGAAAGAGAGGAACCCAUUGCUUUUGGACCCAAUUCCCUUCUCGUCCAAUACGGUCAUGGUUGGCAGUUGCAGACUCGAACCGAGCUCGAUUUUGAUUUCCCUGUUCCAAAAGGGGAGCGGCUCCUGCCAACCCGGAUUUCUACAGUAAAGGGUACUGAUGGCUCACAUCCUGUAGAGAGGGCUGCAAAACCAGAAAUCAGUUUUGUGUACAUUGGAAAAAUAAUUUUAGCUUUCAUUUUGAUUUUUGUGCUUGGUGUAAUUUUCACAUUGGCUCUUGAAAAUCUUCCUAGGCUGAUAUUGUUUAUUAAGUCAUCCAUGUAAUAACUAUUGUUAUUGAACAUGUGGAAUAGUAUAAUGCAAAUGUAGAUCCUUUUGCAACAGUUAAUUGAACUGAAGUUUCUGAGCCACAACCAAAAAUAUAAAUUCGAUAAGGUACAAAAAAAUUGAUAUUU